GGGCUGGUUUUCUUUGGUUGUGACAACCAUUUUCUCUUUUGGGUUGUAGGUAAAUUAAAUUUGAUUCCGGCUAAAAGCGUUACGUUACAUCACCAUAGAAAGGAGUGUUGUAGAAUUUGUGGGAAAAUUGUUUAGGAGGUUGCACUACCAAAGACGUAUGCCAACUUACCAAGCCAAAUGAUGAAAGUAGGGUUCUGAAUAUGAAAGUUCUGGCUAAAGAAAGAAUAAAAACAAAGCUGUUCUAACCAAAUAACGAGAGAAAAGGAUAGAAACCGCAAAACAACAAGUAUUAACAUUUGUCGUCGAAUCAAGGAUGGUUUGUUGUUAAGCGUUAUGUUUGGCAGUGUCUGCUUUUUUAAAACCCUCUUCCUUAACAAGUGUGUUGUUUUUUAAUAGAGUCUGUUCAUGAUGUUGGAACCUGUAAUGCAGGUUCUACAGUCUCAAAGAAUAAUCUUGGCAAGUAGUUCUCCAAGAAGAGUAGAGAUUUUGAAAGGUGUGGGACUGAAGUUUGAUGUUUGUCCAUCAUUGUAUGAAGAGGACCUUGAUCCAUUAAAGUACAGAUGUCACUCAGAAUAUGUUAUAGACUGUGCAUCCAAUAAGGUGCAAGAAGUAGCACAAAGAUUGUGUGCUGAAGGAAACAAACCUGACAUAAUUAUUGGUGCAGAUACUGUUGUUUCAAUGGAUGGAAAGGUGUAUGGCAAACCUAAAACUGAAGAGAAGGCAGUUGAGAUGUUAAAAGCGCUAAGAGGACAUGUACACACCGUUUUUACUGGUGUUAUUGUCGACACUGGCACCAAGAUAGUGAAAUUCAGUGAGUGCACCAAAGUUUUCAUGGCACCAAUUUCAGAGGAAACCAUAAAGGCAUAUGUCAAAACUGGAGAACCUCUGGACAAAGCAGGUGGAUAUGGAAUUCAAGGGCUUGGUGGCAGUCUGAUUGAAAAGAUUGAAGGGGAUUACUUCAAUGUCAUUGGUUUGCCCUUACACAGUUUGUGUAAGCACCUAGUUGAAAUUAGCAACAACAUCAAGUUAAUUCCUUCAGGAGCACCAGCUGUGUGAAAUUGGGCUACUUUCAUCUCACACUCAAUUGAUUCAUUGAACUGAAUACUGCAUAGAUGUAAAUGAAAAUAUUCUAAAGGAUGCCAUAAAAUAAAUUAUUUACAAAAACAGCAAGAACAGUAUGGUAUCAAGAGCA